AGAAAAAUUCAGACAAAUCCACAGCCCACAAAUUAAACCAUUCCAAACCAAACAACAAGCCCAAAAAAUCCAAUCAAAGCCCAAAACCAAUCCAAAGAAAAAAAACCAAUGGCUGACCAAUUGAAAAUCAAUAGGCCCACUGCGCUUUUUAUUUCUUCCUUCCGCCUUGUUUUGCAAGGGCUACUCACGGACAAUCAACCGGCGGCGGCAAAUCUGGACGGCAAUCUGUACUGGACGUCACAGGUGGAGCGACUCUGGACAGAGACUGAACGGAGAAGACAUGCACCUCUGCGGCGAUCGAGACCUAUGCUUGAUUGAGUAUCUAGUUUUUGCUGCGCACAACUGAACCAGCGGCUCUCACGACCUUGAAUCAGGAUCCUGACUCGCCGGCGCGAUGUGCUGUCAGAGAAAAAAAAGGAGUGAACGGUACAGGCUGCUCACCUUUCUAAAAAAAUUAAUAAUGGGUAGAUGACCAUCCGUCUUCCCCUAUCCAAAAUCUUAACUCAACCCCCAAACUUUUGAAGAAGCAGCGCUGCUCACCUUUCGUUGCCAACCUCGUUGAACGUCGCCAACCGCGAGCACGCCGUCCCUCCGACCGUCUCGGGUUAAUGGUACAUACGUGCAUUAUAUACUUUUGAUUUGUCGUAUUCAUAAACUAUAAAUUUUAAUUUCGUAGAAUAAUGAAUUUUCAAAAAACAGAAGUCCAUCCGGGACCAAUUGUCCCCGAUGUACUAGUCUUAGCCCUCGGCGAACAUCGUAGUGAUAGGGUGUGGCAAGACCGUGGGUUUUAGGACGUAUGCCCGACGAACAUCGUUGUAUCCCUGAAAUUCAGAUUGGAUAUCGGUACAGUGAUUUCCAAAGCCUUCAAUUUGCGGUGGCACUACACAAUAUUGUGGAGCAUAGACACUUUUGAACUUCUUCAAAGCGUUGCAAUUAUUGGUUGGUCACUACAAAAAACUGUUCAAAUGGCGACGGAAUAAUUCCGUCGCCAAAGCCUUAUUUCCGUAGGUAAUCUUCGUAACGACGGAAAUAACGACGGAAUCUAUUCCGUCGUUAAUUUUUCGUUAUUGUAAAUGUGACGAUGGAUUUUUGAUUCCGUCGCUAGUCUACGACGGAAGUGGCGACGUAAUAAGCGACGGAACUCACG